AAAGCACACUUUAAUUUUCCAAAGUUAAGACCUUCAAAACUCGCCGUCAACUUCAACUUCAACUUCUGGACAAGUCUCUAUUCGUUUUGCACAGAGAGACAGACACAGUCAAAGAAAGCAACAGAGAGAGAGAAAGAUGGGUGCAACUCAAGCUUUGAAGAGAAUCCCACGUAUCAAGUUUCCUCAAAGGCAUCCCAAAUCCUCUGGAGAUUCUGCAUCACAGGUUCAAGCAACUUCUACAGCUGGUGCUUCUGACCUAACUUUCUUCUUUACUUCAAAAGCCUCAACAACUGUGGGAGGGAAAGCUUCUCUUCAGCCAAAACGAACACCAAUGACCAAUGAGGAGAUGGAAGCUAUAAUGUUGGGUGGCUGCUUUUGAUCUCAUACAGGAGCUUCUGAGAAGGGAUGGCAUGGCAUCGGACAUUUUCUUAACCCUUCUUUAGUUUCUGAAAUACUCGAAGUUCACUUUCUACAAACAUUGUUGUAUUGUAAUGGUUUUGAAUGUAACAAUUUCUUAAUGACAAUUACAAAGGCAGAGAAUACAUAAACGGCUAUGAAUAUGAAAGACAUACUUGAGAUA